AUGAUUCCGUCUACAGCAUUUGGAUCUCCUUAUAAUAUGGGGAUGGAUUCUUACGGGUAUAACGGGGGAUAUAUGGGGAAUUCAUUUGGAUCACCUUAUGGAAUGGGAGGUUAUGGAGGAUAUAAUAAUAUGUAUGGCGGUGGAAUGUAAGUCGCAAGAUAAACAUUCCCACCUCACUGUAUCCUUCCAGGUACAAUUCUUAUGGCGGAAUGUAUCAGCCAUCCGCUGAGAGUAAUUUCAUUCGAGUUGCCGAAGGUAAGCCACCAAAUUUCGAGUAUUACUCGUGAGAUUAGAAUCUUCUAGAAAUGCCUUUCAAUCGAUAGAAUCUGUAGUCGGAGCAGUGACUUCGGUGGCCAACAUGCUCAACUCCACUCAUAAUGCAGUAUUCAGUUCAUUUCGUGCAGUGAUUGGAGUAGUUGAACAAUUCGGAGUAAUGAAAAGACAAGUCAGUUUAAUGAUCACGGUGCUGCAGCCUUUUUUUACGUUGUCAACGUUUGGUUAUGUAUAUCCUUUAGAUAGCUGCAGUCAUCUCAUUUACACUACUGCGAUGGCUCCGGAUCUUUUGGCGGAAGCUUCUCGUAUUUUUGAAGCUCAAACCCGCCAACUACGCUUCAGUAGACUCAGCUUGGACUGAUAUUCAAGCAGGACGUAAGCUGGCUUUUGUCAUCGUAUCUCGUAUUUUAGCUCCCCAAUCUAUUGGAAUCAGUUGGCCAGCCAUUCUUUUCUGGCUUGUAGCGCUUGGAGGCCCUUAUUUGAUCUAUAAAUGUGUUUCCCAAAUGGUGAAAACGAUCGAAGAGAAGCAGAAAUGGGCGACUGGGGCUGCUGAACAUUAUACUGCCGAGGCCCUCUUUGACUUUGCUCCUCAAACGCAACAGGAACUCGGCUUUCAAAAGGGAGAUCGCCUAAGAGUUGCACCUAAGAGCGAACAGCCAAGGAUCAGCGGCUGGAUCAUGGCAGCCACUGAAGAUGGACAGCGAAUUGGACUGGUCCCUAUCAAUUAUGUUAAGGUAAUAUUACAUGGAAUCUAGCUAAUCCAUACUCCAGGUGACUAAAAAGACAUCGGAAACUCCACCACGAAGCUCAUCCCCGCAAGUCCCGACCAUGGCCAAUACCUCCGGGUUCCCCUCAAUCGCUCCAGAGCGUCAUCCCGAUCUUACAUUCAAUCAAACUUACGAGAGCCUUUUUAAUGGUCAAAGAAACUUUUAA